UCCGACGGAAGCAACACUCCUCAGUGUUUUCCGUAGUCAUCGUUGACGAGGUGUUUUCUGUCCACACAAAGAAAAGCUUUCCAUUUCUCAUCUUUGCUUAUUUGAUUUGAACAAAAAAAAAUGCCGCUAGAGAACCUAGAGGAAGAGGGUCUGCCUAAGAACCCCGACCUUAGGAUAGCCCAGCUGAAGUUCUUGCUCACAAUGGACGGUCACCGGCAGGAUGCUAAAGUGAAGACAGAGCUCAUGGAUGCUAUCAAAGCUAACAACAUGGCACCGUAUUAUGAACCUCUGUGUAAGGAGCUGAAGUGGCAGCUGGACGGCGACCUGCUGAGUAAGAUGAAGAAGGCCAACGAGGAGGAACUGAAGCGUCUGGACGAUGUGCUGGAGGAUGCAGAGAAGAGUCUGGGAGAGAGCGAGAUACGAGACGCGAUGAUGGCCAAAGCCGAGUAUCUGAUCAGGAUCGGAGACAAGGAGGGCGCCCUAACAGCCUUCAGGAAGACCUACGACAAGACAGUGGCUCUGGGUCACAGACUAGACAUCGUCUUCUACCUGCUGAGGAUCGGCCUCUUCUACAUGGAUAGCGACCUCAUCACGCGCAACUCGGAGAAAGCCAAAACCCUUAUCGAAGAGGGAGGAGACUGGGACAGGAGGAAUCGUCUGAAGGUCUACCAGGGUCUGUACUGUGUGGCCAUCAGGGACUUCAAGCAAGCCGCCGAGCUCUUCCUUGACACAGUAUCCACCUUUACUUCCUACGAGCUGAUGGACUACAAGACUUUUGUAACCUACACUGUCUACGUCUGCAUGAUCGCUCUCAAAAGGCCUGACCUCCGUGAAAAGGUAAUAAAGGGAGCAGAGAUCUUGGAGGUGCUGCACAGUCUGCCUACUGUUCGCCAGUAUCUCUUCUCCCUCUAUGAGUGCCGCUACUCUGUCUUCUUCCAGUCUCUGGCGACAGUGGAGCAGGAGAUGAAGAAGGAUUGGCUCUUUGCGCCACACUACCGCUACUACGUGAGGGAGAUGAGGAUACAGGCCUACAGCCAGCUCCUAGAGUCCUACCGCUCCCUCACCCUGGGCUACAUGGCCGAGGCAUUCGGAGUCAGCACAGAGUUCAUCGACCAGGAACUGUCCCGAUUCAUAGCCGCUGGCCGUCUCCACUGCAAAAUCGAUAAAGUGAACGAGAUAGUGGAAACCAAUAGACCUGAUAGCAAAAACUGGCAGUACCAGGAAACCAUUAAGAAGGGCGACCUGCUGCUCAACAGAGUCCAGAAGUUGUCAAGAGUUAUCAACAUGUAACUACGGAGGCCAUAUUUUUCUCAUUACAACAAGGGGUCACCUUGCAAUGUUCUUGGUAUACCCACACCUUGUGGUUUGUCUGACAAAGUGACUCUUAUAUUGUGUAUAUAAUAAAAAUUUUGUUUAACUGUU